GAAGCAGCGGCUGCAGAUGUUCAACUCUCCGUACACGUCGGUGCUGGGCUGCGUGCGGACGGUGCGCAGGACUGAGGGCCUGGGAGCCUUCUACCGCAGCUACACCACGCAGCUGACCAUGAACGUGCCCUUCCAGGCCAUCCACUUCAUCACCUACGAGCUCCUGCAGGAGCACCUCAACCCCCAGCGCCGCUACAACCCCGGCUCCCACAUCGUGGCCGGCGCCGUGGCCGGAGCCGCGGCCGCCGCCGCCACCACGCCGCUGGACGUGUGCAAGACGCUGCUCAACACGCAGGAGAACACGGCCCUGAGCUCCCUCAACAUCCGGGGCCACCUGUCGGGCAUGGCCAACGCCUUCAGCACCGUCUACCAGCUGGGAGGGCUUCCCGGCUUCUUCAAGGGCGUCCAGGCUCGGGUGAUCUAUCAGAUGCCCUCCACGGCCAUUGCCUGGUCCGUGUACGAGUUCUUCAAGUAUUUCCUCACCAGGCACGCGCUGGAGAGGAAAACGUCCUCGUGAGGGAGGGGAGAGGAGAGCGGGGAGCUCGCCGUGCCCCGUCCCGGCGUAGCCCGGCUGGGAAUCGGGGUGGGUUCGGCGUCUUCCCUGCCCCGGGGUGGGGUUCCCGUGGGGCUCCCCUGGGAAUUCCUGGUGAUUGAGUGUUCCCCAGGGGAUUCCUGGUCAUUGAGUGUACCCUGGGAAUUCCUGGUGAUUGAGUGUUCCCCAUGGAAUUCCUGGUCAUUGAGUGUAUCCAGGGAAUUCCUGGUCAUUGAGUGUCCUCAAGCGAUUCCCGGUCAUUGAGUGUCUGCAGGAAUUCCCGUGGUGUUCCCCAGGAAUUCCUGGUCACUCAGUGUCCUCAUGGAAUUCCUGGUCAUUAAGUGUACCCAUGGAUCUCCUGGUCACUGAGUGUAUCCAGGGAAUUCCCAUGGUGUCCCCAUGGAUUUCCUGGUCACUCAGUGUCCCCAUGGAAUUCCUGGUCAUUGAGUGUACCCUGGGAAUUCCUGAUCACUGAAUGUGCCCAGGGAAUUCCUGGUCACUCAGUGUCCUCAUGGAAUUCCUGGUCACUGAGUGUCCCUAUGGAUUCGUGGUCACCAAGUGUCCUCAGGGAUUUCAGAUCACUGAAUGUCCCCAUGGAAUUCCCGGUCAUUGAGGGUCCCCAGGGAUUCCCAUGGUGUUCCCCAGGAAUUCCCGGUCAUUGAGGGUCCCCAGGGAUUCCCAUGGUGUUCCCCAGGAAUUCCUGGUCACUCAGUGUCCCCAGGGAAUUCCCGGUCACUCUGAGCCCUGGGAUUCCUGGUCACCAAGUGUCCUCAGGAAUUCCCGAUCUCUGUCCCCAUGGAAUUCCCGGUCACGCAGUGUCCCCUUCCCUUCCUUAAACAACACCACCACCAACAACAAAAAGAAGAGUUUAUACAGACUUUUAUAUUAAUAUAUAUAUAUAUUUAAUAACUUUAUUUUGCGGCAGUGAGAUUGCAAACUGCUCUUUUCCUGGGAAAAAAGAUGGAAGCUGGAGUUUACUCCUCGUUGAAGGUUUAGGUUAUCCAACCUAAGCUGGUUUUUUUUGUUUUGUUUUAUUUUUUAUCUUUAAUUUUAUUUUUACAGCAAAGAAACAAGCAAAAAAAAAAAAAAAAAAAAGUCCUGGCGCAGAAGUUCAUUUUUAUAUAAAUAUGAAAUAGCUGGAUAAUGUUUAUCCUUUAUUUUUCUAUGUAGGCAUUUGGAUUUGGGUGGGUUUUUAAAGGCUUUUACAGCUGGCUGCGAAGCUGUUCAGAAAAGGGCUCGGGUCCCUCCUGCCCAAGGAAAACCCAAAAUCGUUGAUUUUGUUGCCAGAUUUGCUUUAAUGAACCCAGGUGGUGGCCUGGAUACUCGUCAAGGUACUUGAGGGGACGAGGAAUUGGGGACAACUUCGGGAAAACGAUCCCAAAAUCCCUUUGUGGGCGAGAGCGGGAAGGAAAAAGCUCGAUUCCGUUUGGGGUUUUUGUUUCCCGCUCUUGAAGCUGCGGAUUUUUUACCGAUUUUAUUUUGCGUUUUAAGCUCGCUAAAGGUACAUUUUUAUUGGCUGUGGCCUCCGCCCUGCCCGCGUUUAUUCCCACUUUCUCCUCCCUGAAGCCCUGAUCCCAUUCCAGGACCUCUCCUGGGAUCCCAGCAGUGCCUGGAGCUGCUCUGCUCCCAGGAAGGAUCCUGGAGCUGCUCUUUACAGGAUCCCUGGCAGCUCCAAAGCCGCCCCAAAAUCCUUGGGAAAAUCCCAGAGCGGAUCCAAAGGCGUCUC